AGUCACUUGAACGCAGCACCUCCGCCUACUGUCCGCCGCUCCGUCAUAUCGCGAUAGAGACCGUUGGGCUACGGAGCUAACGUUGAGCAACAUGGCGGAAGAGGAGGUGGCCAAGCUGCAGAAGCACCUGGCCCUGCUCAGGCAGGAGUACGUGAAGAUGCAGCAGAAGCUGGCCGACACAGAGAGGCGCUGUGCUGUGCUCGCUGCCCAGACCUCCGGCCAGGGCUCCUCCAGCCCUGCAGCCGCUGCAGACACCUUCAUCAGCCGCCUGCUCGACAUCGUGGCCGACCUCUAUCAGCAGGAACAGUACAGUGAUCUCAACGUGAAAGUGGCAGGACAGAAGCUAAGUGCCCAUAAGUUUGUGCUAGCUGCUCGUAGUGAUGUCUGGAGCCUGGCCAACAUGGCCUCCACCUCAGAACUGGACCUAACCGACUGCAAACCUGAGGUUGCCAUGGCGAUGUUGCGGUGGGCAUACACAGACGAGUUGGAGCUUAGUGAAGAUGACGCCUUUCUUAUUGACCUGAUGAAGCUGGCCAACCGCUUCCAGCUCCAGCUGCUCCGAGAGAGGUGUGAAAAGGGUGUGAUGUCCUCAGUGAAUGUUAGAAACUGCAUUCGCUUCUACCAAACAGCUGAGGAGCUGAACGCCACCACCCUGAUGAACUACUGUGGGGAGAUCAUCGCCAGUCACUGGGAUGAUCUGAGGAAAGAAGACUUCAGCACCAUGAGUGCCCAACUCCUGUACAAGAUGAUCAAAUCGAAAACGGAGUUCCCCCUUCACAAAGCCAUCAAAGUGGAGCGAGAAGACGUCGUCUUUCUUUAUCUCAUCGAGAUGGACUCUCAGUUACCCGGCAAGCUGAAUGAAGUAGACAACAACGGUGACCUGGCCCUUGACCUGGCGCUCUCUCGUAAAUUGGAAAGUAUUGCCACCACUCUCGUUAAUAGCAAAGCCGAUGUGGACAUGGUGGACCAGAGCGGCUGGAGCCUCCUGCACAAAGCCAUCCAAAGAGGCGAUGAGUUUGCAUCCAUCUUCCUGAUUCGUCACUCGGCUCAGGUGAAUGCAGCCACGGUGGGGGCGGUUGAAACUCCUCUUCACCUGGUCUGUUCUUUCAGCCCCAAGAAACACUCUGCUGAAGUGAUGGGUGGUAUGGCCCGGAUCGCAGAAGCCCUGCUUAAGACCGGGGCUAACCCCAACAUGCAGAACAGCAAGGGCAGAACUCCGUUGCAUGAAGCGGUUUCCUCAGGGAACGAGCCCGUGUUCAACCAGCUGCUGCAGUGCAAACAGCUUGACCUGGAACUCAAAGACCACGAGGGCAGCACGGCUCUGUGGCUGGCCCUGCAGUACAUCACCAUGUCUUCAGACCCUUCAAUAAACCCAUUCGAGGACGAUGCCCCGGUAGAGAACGGCACCUCUUUCGACGAGAAUAGCUUUGCAGCCCAGCUUAUCCAGAGAGGAAGCAACCCUGAUGCACCUGACGCCACCUCAGAAAACUGUCUCAUGCAGAGAGCAGCUCAGGCGGGCAACGAGGCAGCGUCUCUGUUCCUCGCCACUCACGGAGCCAAGGCCAACCACGUCAACAAAUGGGGUGAGAGCCCGCUCCAUACAGCGUGUCGCUGCGGUUUGGCGAGCCUGACAGCAGAGCUUCUCCAGCAAGGUGCCAACCCUAACCUCCAGACCCAGAAGGCUUUAUCAGACGAUCACCGCGACGUGGCCAUGCAGACCCCCCUCCACAUGGCCAUUGCUCACAACCACCCAGAUGUAGUCACAGUGAUUCUCGAACAAAAAGCAAAUGCACUUCAUGCCACCAACAACUUCCAGAUCAUUCCAGACUUCAGUCUUAAAGACGGCAGCGACCAGACGGUGCUGGGCCUGGCGCUCUGGACAGGAAUGCACACCAUAGCGGCUCAGCUGUUGGGAUCAGGGGCCUCUAUCAAUGAUACGAUGUCUGAUGGACAAACCCUGCUGCACAUGGCCAUCCAAAGACAGGACAGCAAGAGUGCCCUCUUCCUCCUCGAGCACCAGGCAGACAUCAAUGUCCGGACUCAAGAGGAGAAAACAGCGCUACAGAUGGCCAUCAGUAACCAGCUGCCACUCGUGGUGGAUGCCAUUUGCACAAGAGGAGCUGAUAUGUCUGUGGUGAAUGACAAAGGAGAGCCUCCGUUGUGGCUGGCUCUUGUGAACGGCCUGGAAGACAUCGCAUCCACACUGGUCCGCCACGGCUGUGAUGCGACUUGUUGGAGCCCCGGACCCUCGGGCUGCCAGCAGACCCUCCUGCACAGAGCUGUUGAUGAGAACAAUGAGGUCUCCGCUUGUUUCCUCAUCCGCAGCGGUUGUGACGUGAACAGCCCCAGGCAGCCGGGGCCUAACGGAGAGGGAGACGAAGAAGCCCGAGACGGACAAACACCCCUCCACCUGGCAAGCAACUGGGGUUUGGAGGAGGUGGUGCAGUGCCUUUUAGAGUUUGGAGCAAAUGUUAAUGCACAGGAUGCAGAGGGCAGAGCUCCCAUUCAUGCUGCCAUUAGCAACCAGCACAACGUGAUCAUACAGCUGCUCAUUUCACAUCCAGACAUUCGUCUCAACAUACGUGACCGUCAAGGCAUGACCCCCUUCGCCUGUGCCAUGACCCACAAGAACAAUAAGGCAGCAGAGGCUAUCCUAAAGAGGGAGUCAGGGGCUGCAGAACAAGUGGACAACAAAGGGCGUAACUUCCUGCAUGUGGCUGUGCAGAAUUCAGACAUUGAAAGUGUCCUGUUUCUCAUCAGUGUCCAAGCUAAUGUCAACUCCAGGGUUCAGGAUGCCGCCAAACUCACCCCUCUCCACCUGGCUGUCCAGGCGGGCUCUGAGAUCAUCGUCCGCAACCUGCUGCUCGCCGGAGCCAAAGUCAACGAGCUGACCAAACACAGACAGACAGCGCUGCAUUUGGCCGCCCAGCAGGACCUGGCCACGAUUUGUUCGGUGCUGCUGGAGAACGGAGUAGACUUUGCUGCCGAGGAUGAGAACGGCAAUAAUGCUCUGCACCUGGCUGUGAUGCAGGGUCGCCUUAACAAUGUCCGAACCCUUCUCACAGAGUCCAACAUCGAUGCAGAGGCCUUCAAUCUCAGGGGUCAGUCACCGAUGCAUGUCCUGGGCCAUUACGGGAAAGAGAACGCCGCCGCCAUUUUUGAGUUGUUCCUUGAGUGUAUGCCUGAGUAUCCUCUGGACAAACCCGACAAUGAAGGGAACACCGUUCUGCUCCUCGCCUACAUGAAAGGAAAUGCGAACCUGUGCCGUGCCAUAGUGAGGGCUGGGGCUCGACUCGGCGUCAAUAAUAAUCAGGGCAUCAAUAUUUUCAACUACCAGGUCGCAACCAAACAGUUGCUCUUCCGCCUUCUAGACAUGCUGUCCAAAGAGCCCCCAUGGUGUGACGGGUCAAACUGCUAUGAAUGUGCCGCCAAGUUUGGUGUGACAACGCGGAAACAUCACUGCCGUCACUGUGGGCGCCUGCUGUGCCACAAGUGCUCGAUAAAGGAGAUCCCCAUCAUCAAGUUUGACCUGAACAAGCCGGUGAGGGUGUGCGACAUCUGCUUUGAUGUACUGACUCUGGGUGGGGUAUCAUAAUAAAGCGGUCUGGACCUCCUCCACCCUCUGACACUGGCCACGCCAGGCUGAACUCGGCACAGUUAUUCCAGGCACACCAGGAGAAGGGACAUCAGUAGCAGGACAAACUAACAAGAGAUUCCUGGACACUUAUGGACCUUCAUCUUUCUAACGUUCCAGUCUUUGAAAAACCAUCGAUGUUCUAGAAGGACGUUGUCUUUUUGUUGUUUUCUGAUCAAAGUAUCUUAACGUGGAUAUAAGCAGAUCCCCAGCUCUGUGACGGCUGGACACAAUUUGUUAAUCGAUUUCCCAAGAUCAGUAAUGUUCACGAUGAUUAGCGCUUAUAAUCUCAAGCAGGUAGCUGCUUCUGUGCGUACACAUUGCAAUUCAGUGAUGAACUUUUCAAUGAUCAAAACUUUUUGUUCGGGUCGGGGGAAGGGGUUACUGCUCCCUGUUGGUAGAUUUCACCAUCUGCAGCCUUCAUGCUAUGUGACCUGCCCACAGACAAACACUCAAUGAAUUCUUGCAUUUAUACGACAGCUGAGGCUGCUAUCAUUUAAGAGCAGAGUAAAACAGUCAAAUGAGCGUAGGUCAGUUUGAUCUACAGACUGAACUGUCAGCAUGUUCUCUGUAAUCUCUCUUCUGUCAUCCUGACUGCGUACUGACCGGAGAGAGUGAGACAGACAAGGAGGACUUAAAGGGAAAGAAACCCAACGUAAUCAUUACAUGAGCAUCCUUUUCAAAUGAGCUCUUCUCUAAAGUAGGCUCUAAAUUAUAACCCUGACAUUGUUUGACUUCACUGUUAAAGGUGAACGACAGCACAACUGAGCAAUGAUGAAAUUCCUUCUAAUGUAACUUUUUGUAUUCUGUGAUCGCUCCGUCGUCUUGUUUACUUUUUAACAUGAAAUGUUUAGAAAAUGCGACCUGAGAACCCCCACCCCCUUUCCUUUUUUUUCCAAGAGGAACAACACAACUCUCUUCCACUGUCGUCAUCCUCGGUUACAGAGAAGCCUCUUCUGCCUAUGCAUGUGAUUUAAUUUGUAGCCUUUUCAUGUCCUCGUCAUAAUCAUGAAUCAUGUUUCCAAAUCAGCCAUCAGAUGAUUACAUUCCAUUUUUUUUGAUCUGCCAUGAGGUCCUUUUGCAGGAAGUUGUGAUUGUGAUCAAAGUCCCCCCAAACGUUGCCUCAAGUCGUCGUCUUGACUCGUCCCACGUAACGCUUCUUGAUUUCUAAGCCUAACAGGUGCACUUUAUCAGAGAUCACGCGGCAUCUUCGAUCAUCGGGGAGAAUGUGGAGCGGAGGGCCGGCCGGCUCGUGGGGCCUCUUUAAGUAUUGUUUAAUUGUACAGAUAAAUGUGUGAUAUUUUUGACCACUACAACUGUUUUGUACUUUAAUGCAGUUUGUGCUUGUCAUUGUGACAAACCUAAAUCUUGCCUCUGUUAAUCUUUUAUGCACAUUGUUUAAUCUUUUAUGCACAUUAUAUUGUAUCUGUAUGCUCAGAUAUCUAGCCUGUCUCUUCCUGAUGUAUCCUUUUAGAAGAAAAGGGAGGACAAAUUUACAUAAAGGUCAUCAAAAACA